UAAUCGUUUUACAAUUAAUUAUCACGAUGAUUGACGAAAUUAAUCAUCGGUAUAUUCAUUAACUAACAUUAUGAUCGUAUCAGUGUUAUUUAAUGCAGCUUGAACAACUUUAGAAUUACGUAUUUGUCACGUAAUUUUGUGUAAACUCGUGUAUGCAGGAGUAUGAUUAAUUUAUUUAUAAAAUUAUUAAACGAAGGAAGGAAAUUCAUCUUACAAGCGAAGCUUCCUCGUUCAUUAUUCGCUGUUUGGUAAAUAACUUCGAGAAUACGCUUCCUUGUUGCUCUCAAGAGUUCGUGCCGUCUGGCUCCGGGCGGAAGUAUUGCGACAACCGGAAGAACACGCUACUUUAUAAAUAUACAAAGUGAAUAUGAUUAAUCGCUGCAUAGGGUUCUACGGACAGUUUGUAUAUAAGCUGCAUAUCAGAUAUAAGAUUCGCGUAUUCGAGAGUUUGUGUUGUUCACAUCGUAAAAUCGCGUAAGUCUUUAUCUCAUCCAAUUAAUUGAUUUUCGAUUUCUAGAAUUUAAGCCAUUCACGCUUCUACGGUGUCAUAAUUAGGCUACGAAUAUUUAUGCAGAUCUAUAUUUUUGCGUGAACGCGACUAAAUAAAUGGAACCUAAUCGGAAAUAUUUCGUUCAUUAAAUAUCGUAAUAAAUACACUGCAAUUUAAAUAUCUUUUUAUACUUUUUGUGUAUUAUGUACAUCCUACGCGUUCUACGUUCAUACAUUUUUACACCUUCGAAAAUUCUCAUAAAUACGGAAACAUUCGCAGUCUGGUUCUGAAUAUUCGAAAUUUUCGUGUGCAAGUGUUUUGAUCGGUCUCUUAUAAAAAGAAACUACAACGAUGACGAAAAGUCAGGAUAAAGUUUCAAAUACAAUUGCUCAAAGCUUCGAACAAUUCUAAUAUUUACUCCUCGUAUUCUUUUCUCUUUUUUCACUUCCCUUUUACAGUCCCGUAAAUCAUUUUCUACGAGAAACGAUAGGAUGAAAAGAUUGAUCUACAUCGUCCUCUGUCUAACGACCGUAACAAAUAUUGUACCACCGAGUAAUGGUAAACCAGUGGUGCCAAAACCUUUGAUCCUCUCAGGACUUAGCCUAAAUUGGCCAUGUCAAAGUACGAAGAACAUUUACGAGACAAGCGGUCGUUACAUCACAAGAAACGUGAUCGCUACCAGAGCACAAAUAUACGAAGACCAAGCGAUCCUAGCUCUGCCGCGCUAUAAACCAGGAGUACCAUUUACUUUGGGUGUUCUUUCCAUGAAAUCGCAAAGCUGCGAGCCAAAGAUAGCCCCAUUCCCCUGCUGGGCAAUUCAGGAAGAAGGAAAUUGCCAGGCACUGCAGAGUGCGGUAGAUAUAGUUCUGGAUGUACAAGAUAUCUUGUGGGUUCUCGAUGUUGGGAUCGUCAACACUUUGGAGCAACCUGUACGUAGAUGUCCUCCGAAGGUCGUUGGAGUCAACGCCAAGAGCGGAAAGGUUGUAAAAGUGAUCGACUUGAGCUCGUUGGUAGACAGUACCUCGCAGCUUCAAUACAUGAUCAUUGACUACGCAGAAGAUGGUCAAGUCUAUGUGUACAUUUCUGACGCUGGUACCGGUGCCAUCAUCGUUUAUAAUGCCACGACUGAUAACGGAUAUCGCGUGGUUCUUCCAUCAGCAGUGGCAUCCAACACAGACAAACCCGACGUCCUAUACAUGGCGCUCGUUAGAAGGAAAAGCUGCGGAUCGGUCGUCUAUUUUACGUAUCUAGGCUCCAGCAGAAUGUUUGCGGUCAAAGCAGUGAAUCUGAGAACAGGAAAUGCGAAUGGAUCAAUAAUAGACAUCGGCAGGAAGAAGAACAAGAUCGUACUCCUGGGCACUGACAAUGGAUCUGCCAUCUUUUUCAGAAUUAAGGGUGAUUCCAAUAUCUACAUGUGGAACACCGACACUUCUUUCGUUCAAGACAACUUCCUUUUAGUCGAACAAGCUGGAGAGUGUCGACUACCAACGGGAGUUAUUCCUGGUUAUAAGGAUCUAAUGUGGGUGAUCGAGAGCAACUUCCAAGAUUACAUCGAGAAUUCCGUCAGCUGUUCCGGAGCAUCGGUGGCUAUCCAUCCACUAGUGAGUUCUGCUGGCGAAUAAUACUAAAAGCCGGAAGCAACGCGCCUGAAAUACCACGGUUGAGCGUUAUAUUAUUUUAACUAUUAUCGUUAGAGAUAGCGUUUGAGUUGUAGCGGAAUAUUAGACACUGUUAUAUCUUGACGUUGUUCAAAAAGUAUAAUCAAUUCGAUCGAAGCUCUGGAAGAGAAACGGAAUAGAAAAUUUUAGGAAAGACUAUAUACUGUCGAUGCUGUCGAAAGGGGUUAAUCUAGUCAUAAAACGCUUUCCUUCGAGCAUCCUGUACAAAGUGACUUAAUCUUCGAGGAACAUCGAAGCUGGACAAAUAUCGACCAGUGUCAAAUAAAAAGCUUCGAAGGCCGUUUUCUAAAUGGCCGUACGAAACGAAGCGAAUCUUAUUACAAAGAAACAGUAAUACCUAUGUAAACAUACCAUUGUAUUUUUCGCCGUUUUGUCACGUACAAAAAAAUCGUUAAUAAUUUCCCUUGCAUUUGAGAAUGCACUGAAAUUAAGCUUGACAACGUCGUGAUUCAAAUUUCUUUAUAAAUUCAUCUCGAUGUCACGCAAAAUGUGAAAGGUAUAUAAGGAAGUAGAUAAACACGUUAGAACAGUAUGGAAUUAAAUCGUUAACCGAGAUAUUAAUACAGUCCUGAAUUCUUACAUAAAUUCCAUUCUAAUGGAUAAUAUUAAUGUAAUUAAGGAAAAUUGUUCCACUUGAAUUAGUUUCUAGUGUCGAUGUUUCGCACGACUGUUAUAUAAUUAUUAAUUUUCGGCAAUCAUUUUCCGACGACUAGCUUAAGUUUGUGAGUCCAACAUAUCUUUCAUAUCGAUCUAAUGCGAUGACAGACGUUGAUCGUUCUAUCGCGCGUUACAUAAUGAAUUCCAACUAUAUGUACAUACAUAGCAUCUCAUUAAAUCUACUUAUUCGUUUACCGUUCAUUGAGUACAACAGACAUUACCAUAAUUACUCGACAUGUCGACCAGGUUGAAAACGUUUAUUAAAUGUGUUUUAUUUCUUAAAAAUUAUUAAUAGUUAUUCAAGCUAGGAAAUAUUAUUCAGUAAAAAUUAAAAUUAAUAAUGUGUGAUUGAAUAAUUAUUAUUACGAUAAGAAACGGGAAAUUCCUUCUAAUUUAAGACCAGAAGGUGUAAUCAAAUGAUUAUAUAAUCUACUUUUCACCAGCGAAUUUAAAUUAGAUUUAAAUUCAUGAGAACGAAUAUUUUUCAAUUUGCAUGGUUCUCGACUUAAGAGGCACUGACACGAAAGAAUGAUUAGUGUAAGGACACCACGAAUUUCAUAAAUUCUCUUUUCAUACUUUUUUGGCUAUCUACAGCAUAGUCGCUUGAGCAAGGGUAAUUCCGAUUCUGAACAAGCAAUAGCUUUCAGCCUGAAGAUAAAAGAACACAAUCUGCCUUUUCCAAAAAGUCGAUUCGCCAUGAAGAACGUUUCAACGUAUUUAAAAAAUGAGCUACUUUUAAAAGGAGUUUAACGUUCCUCUUUCCGAGGAUAUGAAACUAGAAAGUCCAUCCUUGACGUCACAAAAAAGCCCGCUGGAUGCGCCCACUUUGGUACCACGCCAAAUAGUCGUUGCAUUUCGCCAUUUCUGCUUUAUCGUACAAUGUCAGCUUCAAAAUAAAAUUAAUCUUUCUGAAUUAAUUGUAACAUAAAGUGUAAAAAUAUAAAAAUGAUAAUAUAAUAAUAAUAAUAAUAAUAAUUCUACGUACGACAUUAGGAGCUAAAGUAUUUCGUUCGUUUCACGCUUCUUCUAAAUCUGUGUUAAACGAACCGAGAAUAUUGGAUAUACCAGUCAUAUACAAUUACGAAUUCUUCUAAGAAAUUGUAAAACCUGUACCGAAAACAUGCGACACGUCUGACCAAUAGAUGAUUUUUUAUUCCUUUUUCGUUCCCUAAAACGAAAUUAUUGCAGAUGUGAAAUUUCUCUUUUUCUUAGAAAAGAAAAUUGUCCCGUUUCUUCCGUUCAUUUACCUGGCAUGAAUGAUACAGUCGGUUCUUCUUCAACAUAUCCAGUAUAUGUUUUACUUGCAGAAUAACCGAGGACAGAAGUUCCUAAGUUUCAUAAUGGAACAUUAAUUAAAACAGUCGACGGCAUCUUCAAGAUCGCAUUAAUUAAAUUAAUUAAAUUAAUUAGAUUACUUAACUAACUUGAGAAAUUAACUUAAAAAAAACUAUUUUUAUACAUGAAACGUAGUUAAGAAAUACCGCGAAACAAAAUUUUUUCCAAGUUGCCGUAUGUCACGCGUUUGAAUAAAUGUUUGCUUUUUAAACGAUGAUUAUCUUAUUCAUUUUUUAAAUGUUAGCUAUUGUCAGAAUACAUAUAGAUAAAAUAUAAAAUGUAAGAAUAUAUUCUUCACUAGCUAGUUAUUUUGUUUCAAGUUAUAAAUAACAAUCUUGGCCGAACAAGCGAAAUUAUCUGGCUUUUCCAAUAACCAUAGACAUCGUUAAACAUAGACAUCCAAUUCCAUGA